CAAAGCCUACUCCACCUUCCUUUUUUUUUAGGAAAAGAAAAUAGACAAAUAAACUAUGACUCCUCCACUCCUUGUGCCUCCUCCUCAGUAAAGCAGCCGCCUUGGUUGGGAGUUACCUGAAAGAAAACGCUUCUCUCUCUCCCCAAAAUGCUUCUCUGCGCUCAUCUCACAACCUCCUCCUCUGCUGCUACUUCUAAAACAUUCCUCUCAUCUCAUCUUCAUCAAAGAAGAAACCUUAUACCAUCUCAGAAAGUCCCCAUCCCACAAUGCCCCAAACUCUCCAAUUACCCCAAGCUCAUCAUCCAAAUACCCUUCUCGUCUUUCUCUUCCAGUCCCAGUCUCCAUCUCCCAAGUUGCCGAGCCCAAAGAGAGUCCAUCUCACUCUCCCCAGUCUCCAUCUCAGAUGAACAAGACUCCAUCAGCCCAUGCCUGGACCCCGAGGAUGUGGGAAAAGCUGAAGCCGGGGAGAGAAAAAAUAAGAACAAGAGCUUCUGGGGUGCUGUCAGUCUGAUCAUAGGCACCGCUGUUGGGCCUGGAAUGCUCGGCCUUCCCUCGGCCACCAUUCGAUCAGGGCCUGUUCCUUCCACCAUAGCCAUCAUCCUCUCAUGGGUCUAUGUGGUCUCCUCCAUUCUCCUCGUUGCGGAGCUCAGCUUCGCUGCCAUGGACGACGAUGGGGUGGAGGAGGUGAGCUUCACGGCUCUGGCAACCAAAACCAUGGGGCCCAAUUUUGGAUCCUUUGUCGCCGUCGUCUAUGCCUGCCUCAGCUUCUCUCUUUUGAUUGCUUGUGUCUCCGGCAUCGGUUCGCUUGUUGUUCAGCAGUUUCCUUGGAUUAAUCCAGUCAUUGCUCAUGCUUUGUUCCCCUGUUUCGUUGGGAUCGCAAUUGGAUUCUUCCCUUUUAAGGCCAUCGAUGUCGCUAAUCGGUUGCUCUGCUCUCUCAUGCUCUUUUCCAUCACAGCUCUCGUGGCGAUCGGUGUUUCGGUUGGAAGAAGCAACUUGUUGGGUUCUCUUGCAUAUGCUUGUUGGAAGGCUGAGGCAAUCUUGCCUGCAAUUCCAGUGACUGUGCUUACUCUAGGCUUCCAUGUUAUCACCCCAUUUAUAUGUAAGAUUGUGGGUGAUUCAGUGUAUGAUGCUCGAAAGGCGAUCCUUAUUGGAGGUGCUGUUCCAUUGGCAAUGGUUCUUUCAUGGAAUGCUGUUGUACUGGGGCUAGCAGGAGCUGGUAAUGUGGCCUUUGAUGAUCCUAUUAAGCUGUUGCUCUCUGUGAAGUCUUCUGCUUUGCCUGCUGUUCGAGGGUUUGCAUUUGCUGCAUUGGCCACCAGUUUGAUUGGUUAUGCUGUCAGCUUUCCAAAACAGCUGGUGGAUACGGUGAAGUUGAUUGCAGAGAGGUUUCCUAAGAAAUCGAUGGAAUGUUCUCAAGCAAUGGCUUUUCCAGAUGGAAACCAGAAAUUUGGGAGUUCUCAUGAGGGCAGCCAAGUUGGAUUUGCUGUUUGCUCAAAGGGAAAGACAAGGAUUUCUGGGAAAGCUUUUUGUGCUGGUGGGGAGUCUCAGAUGUUCUCCAAUGGAGGGAAUCAAAAGGACGCAAUGGGAGUUCUUUGUGAAGGCCCUGCUGGAGGUUAUAGCGGUGGGAGCACAGAUGGACCGGUCCCUUUGGAUGCUAGUUCUAGCAUGAGUAAUGUCCUUGUGACAUGGCUCGUACUCAUCGUUCCCAUCUUCAUAGCUUCUUUCUUCCGUACAGCGUUCUCUAAAGCUCUAGAUUUUGCUGGAGUAUAUGCAAACUGCUUUCUUUUUGGGGUCUUACCUCCAGCAAUGGCUUGGAUUCAUCGAUCCAGGAAGAGAUACAGAUUGCCUGAGUCCAAGGAAGAUGUACUGCCUGGUGGAGAUGUGGUUCUUAUGAUAUUAUUUACCGUUGCUGUCAUCCUAGGAUUCUGGCAUUAGAUGGUAAGAAAACAGCAUUGCUAUCAAGCGACUUAGCAUUCCUCCAAAUAGCUUGUAAAGAAAUGUUAUAUGCACCAAAAGAUUGGCAGGCAAUAUAUUUUACAUCCACUACCUAUGCAUGCUUAUUGUUUGUAUUCCUGAUUUGGUGUGCUUAAAUUUCUAGUGAUUAUCAAACUCACCUGUUCUGUAUUUCCACUUUUAUUAUGAAUCAUUAGCAUUUCUUAUUUUACU